CCGGACUUCCUGUUUGAGGAGACGGCGGAUGCCAUGUACCGCCGGUCGUGGGGCGACCGCCUGACCUACCACAUCGGUGUUGGCUACCUCGUCGGGCUGGUGGCGGGCGGCAGUUGGGGCCUGUACGAGGGCCUCAAAUCGUCUACGGGUGAGCGGCAGCGGAUCCGGAUCAAUGCGGUGCUUAACGCGACGGGCAAGCACGGGCCGGGGCUGGGCAACUCGGUCGGCUGCCUCGGCAUGAUGUUCUCCACCUUCGAGACCCUCGCCUUCAACUUUCGCGGCGAGGACGACAUGCUCAACGUGAUGGGCGCGGGCGCUCUGGCCGGAGGCAUCUUCAAGUCG